CUUGACAUGAAUGAUCGCGUCUCACCAAUAUCCAUCAGUAUCCCAACUGUACGUGUUUGCAUUGUCUAGAAAUUUAGUUGAAAGAAACUAAAGUGCCAUCUCAACCGGACCGUAUUCCUGCGCAAUCCUAUUUAGACCCUCCCACCAUGGCGUCGACCACGCCCCUCCCCGAGAGCUACAACACGUACCAACUCCCCGAGAUCAAGCUCUCGCACCACCCGGCCUCAUCACCCCACGUAACGCCCGUCAUCCUGGUCAUCCUCAACCGGCCCGAAGCCCGCAACGCCUUCACCGAACCCAUGACCGACUCCCUCGAGACGGCCUUCACCGUGCUGGGCGCCGACCCGCGCGUCAAGGCCAUCGUGCUCACGGGCUGCGACCCGACCAACCGCACCUUCUGCGUCGGCAUGGACCUGGCCCUAGCGUCGACGGGGCGCAGCUACCACUUCGACAAGCCCUUGCGGCGCGAGGCCUACCGCGACGGCGGCGGGCGCGUGUCGCUGGCGAUCCACCGGUGCCCGAAGCCCGUGGUGGCGGCCAUCAACGGCAGCGCCGUCGGGGUGGGCAUCACGAUGACCCUGCCGGCGACGAUCCGCGUGGCGUCAAACCGCGCCAAGAUCGGCUUUGUGUUUGGCCGGCGCGGGCUCAACAUGGAGGCCUGCAGCAGCUUCUUCCUGCCGCGGCUCAUCGGCACCAGCCGCGCCAUGCGGCUCGUCGCCACGGGGGAAGUGUUCCCCGCCACGAGGGAAGACGUGUUCGGUGGCUUGUUCGCCGAGGUGGUCGACCCGGACCAGGUCGUGCCGCGGGCGCUGGCCAUCGCCGAGGACGUGGCGGCGAAUGUCAGCGGCGUGGCCUUUCAGCUCAGCAAGGAGCUCAUGUACCGCGGGCCCGGGUCGCCUGAGGAGGCGCACUUGCUCGAGAGCGCCGUCUUCUUCGACAUGAUCAGGGGGGCCGAUAGCAAGGAGGGCAUUCGGAGCUUUAGGGAGAAGAGGGCGCCUGACUUUCGGGCGAGCCUUGAGAAGGACCCUCCGGCAGCAUACCCUUGGUGGGAGGAGAAGGACGCCGAGGCGAAGAUGUGAGUGGGUGAUGAAUUACGAG